AUGUCGGAACCGAAGUGGUCGUUUGACUGUCCGGCGAGGUGCGUCCCAACAACGUGGAGUGCGGAGUUUAUCGGAUGGACGGAGAGGACGAUGAGAGCGGACUCGUGGACUGCUACGAGUAGAUCGGAGGCGGUGUGUGGGUGCUAUGGUGGCAGUGUGCGCGACUCUAGGCCGCGUCCUUUCACAGAGGACUUUGAGCUCAGAUGCAGUGCGACGGUGACGGUCUACCUCAGCCUCCUCGGCCUAUUGGUUGUCACUUUUCGGCAACGAAAUGCCUCCGAUCGGUUACUAGUCGCGACUUGCCCAGGUAUACGGAUACUGCCCAAUGCAGAGGCCCCCCUUAGAACUUUAGCAGGAUCAAAGACGCUGGUUGGUAACAGCCGCCUAAGGUACCCAGCAAGACCGUUCGGUUAA